UUUUCUAUUUUAUUGCUCUUGGAAAAAUCUCGGAAGCAACACUUCUCUAGUUCUCCAACUUUAUUAUUAAUAUUCGUAACGGUUGCGCAGUCUUGUCUGACUCACAAAGACUUGACAAAGACAGGCAAAUUCUUGAAAUUGUAUGUGGUGUUUCACUGUUUUCAACGGUUUAGCAAUGGACAUAAAGAACUAUUUAUUAAGCAAGAAACCUAGACGUUCAGACAGACUUUGUUACAAAGAAAAGAUUCUUCAGGGGUGCACAAAGAAACUUGAGACUUUGCAUACAUAUCCAUUAGGAUACUUUGAUCUUAUUCCACUUGAGCUGAGAUUCAACAUUUUUCAGUAUUUGACAAUUGAAGAUCUGAGCAUGUUAACCAUAUCAUCCAAAGCAAUGAGAAAUUUGAUUGAAGGGUACAGAGUUACAAGAUUUUCAGGUCCUCAUUCUAUUUCAUACAAAGAUAUACAUGUGUUUUUGUCUUCAGACCAACAGACAGAAAUGAUGAGCAAAUACCAUAAACUUGGAUUGUUAAUGAAAAGAUCAACAUGUCUUUAUGCAACUAAAGAUAGAUUGAAGAUUAUCAAUGAAUUUUUAACUAGGGUUGCCUGUUGUAACACAGAUAUGUGUAAAGACCCAUCCAGAUGUCUUGCCUUGAUGUGUUUUGGUAAAUUUUUUCACACUGUUAUCGCUGGCUGGGAUGACAGUGAAUGCCAAAGAGCAUUUGAUGCAGUCUGUCAGCACAUGUUCAUGCCUAAGUUUAUAAAGACUGUUGUGGCAAGCAAACCAGGUUCACAUGGUCAGCUUGAGAGUAGAGUUCGACAGUUCUUCAGGCGCAUUUUCUUGGACCCCUGUACAACAGUAUCAGAUAAAGCCUUUUGGAUUAGUCGAAUUUUAAAGCCAUGGCCAAUUGUGUUUCAGGCAAGAUUGUUGUACAUACUCUACUCUGGACACUUCACAGGUGGUGAAAUACAGUGGCAUGAAAUGAGUGAGCUAACACCUGUUGAUAAUGAACAUUCAACUGUAUUCUUCAGUAGCAUUUCAAGUAUUUUGCAGAUCCUUCACCUGCAUAGUACAGAAUGGUCUAGUGAUGAAAUUAUAUGCAUCAUUGAUGAAAUGACAAGUACACCUGAAGAUUGGUUAGUUGAAAAUAUUGCUGGCUUACUGCUAGCAUGUGGGGAAUGUAUUGCCACUAAAAUGUUGGCCAGCAAAGCAAUAAAUGGCAGAUAUGUUGAACUGGCUAGCAUUAUUACUUCCUUAUGCCUUGUUUGUGUGAAACACAAUUACAACUUGACUCAAGUCAUGACAAUGUUGGACUGUAUUAUAAGUGUGAUAGAAAACCCAAGAGACAAACUUGUACUGCUCAACAGGAUCCUUGAUACAUUUAAGGAGCUUGUGUUGGACACACAUGAGUUCACUGAUUCAGAUGAUGCCAACGACAAUGAAUUUUUCUACCAUGUGUCUGCAUUGACAGAAUUUACAAAGAAACUGGCCCAGCUUGCAUAUAAACAUGUCAUACCCCAUUAACAGUCUUGGUAACUCAUUAUUUUUUUUUUCUGUUUGAAUGGUAAAAAGUUCAUAUUAAAAAACCCAACAUAAUUUUUAAAUGAGCAUUUAACUAACAAGCCAUUUUUCUGUAUCAAUGGGGACUUCAGUUCUUUUGUUCAGUGUUUAAUUUAUUGAAUGGCCUUAAAAAUACAUCUUCUCAUGACCAUUACAUUUUUGUGAACAAACAUGAUUUUAUCAUUUGUUAUUGUUAUUGAUUAUACAAAACAAUAUUAGUAAUAUUAAUGUUUUUAUUAUUUUCUUUUUGUAAAAUAACUAUUUUUGUGAGCCUAGUAAGUUAAGAGAAAUUUGUGUUAUGUUUGUACAGAUAGAAAUUUGUGUUAAAAGGUUCAUAUCUUAUUGUAGUUCUUUUAUUUAUUACUUAUCAAAGGUUUUAGCUAAUUAGUUUUUCUCAUUUUAUCAUGAUUUUAAUUUAUUCCUAAUAUAUACAUGUGCAGUUACUAAAGUUAAAAGUAAGAACGUUUUUUGAUAAAAAUCAUCCAUUUUGAAUCAUGAAUUUAAAUACA